AUGCGGAAUUCACAGACUCUGUUGUGCGUUUCUUUUCUUCUCUGUGCCAUGGCAACUGAAUGUUUUGGCUACACGUUACUGCCCAAAGACAAGCGAGGAUGGACCUUGAACAGUGCUGGGUAUCUUCUUGGACCUCAUGCUCAUCGGACUUUGCCUGAUAAAGGUGGUAUACCUGGUAAAAGGGAGAUAGCGGAAGACUUGUUCAAGAGUGGAAAAGACAUGUAUGGGACACUGCUACAUUCAUUGGAUGAGAGUACCAUUCAGACUGUCCUUGAAUUCCUGGCAUAUCUGCGCCUCAAAGAAACAGGAGCGCUGGAUCAUAUGGCUCUGCUCGUCUCGGAAGAGUCAACACAAGCUUAG